ACAGAGUCACAAAGCUGACACAUGACAUCGAUCGAAGUUUGAAUCCAUCUCCGACCAUACCUUUUUAGUCGAUAAGAAACAGAGUAAAAAACCAAACAAGCAGCGGAGAGUGCCGACCCGACGCAUUGAGAAUUGAGAGCGCAGACUCAUACAUAUUAGUCGGAUCAAAUCGAAGAGGGGCGCUGCGACUCUGCUGCUGCAACUGCGUCUGAGAAGAAGACGACGACGGCGACGAUGGAGAAGGGAAAGGGAGUGAUGGGAGCAGGUCGGAGAUGGGCCGUUGACUUGACUGACAACUCAACGUCCCCUUCUUCCCGCGACUUCCCCGAUCCUCCUGGCUUCUCUCGCGCCUCCCUCGAACAGGAUGAUUCGACUGUGAGUCGCCAGAAGAAGGAUGCUGAAUCUACUUGGAAAGCUCAGAAAGCUUGGGAAGUUGCACAGGCCCCAGUCAAGAAUUUGAUGAUGAUGGGUUUCAUGAUGUGGAUGGCUGGGAGCACGGUGCAUUUGUUUAGCAUUGGAAUUACGUUUUCCGCUCUUUGGCAGCCCAUAAGCGCCUUACAGGGUGUAGGGAAGGUUUUUGAGCCCUACAAGGACGGCAAAGUAGAUCUUAUUGCCCCAAAGUUGCUCUUCAUUGCCCUUAAUCUGGGGGGUUUAGCACUGGGUGUUUGGAAGCUUAACACUUUGGGGUUGCUUCCUACACAUGCAUCUGAUUGGGUUUCUUCCUUACCCCCUGCUCAGGAGGUUGAGUAUUCGGGUGGUGGCAUUCUUCGUUAUUGACAUCAACGUUCAGUUUGAAUGGCGGUCAAUCUCAAGACAAGGAUGAACGGCAACUUGCAGAAGCAGGAUGAGAAUUUGUUGCUGUUUACUGGCCGAUGGCGCAUGGCUUAAGCAUGGAUAAUGUGAUUUUUCCGACUUCUGAAUGAUAUUACUAAGUUUUGUUGGCGAUAGAAACUCGGUUUGUAGUCCCUGUUUAAGUGACUCGAUGAAUUACCAUACAAUCUAUAAUUUUAACACUUUCAUUGUGCUAGCA